AUGCCGCCUGCUCUUUCUCCCAGCGACCACACCAAAGCGAAGGAGUUCAGUGCCUUCCUCCGCUACCUCGGGUUCUCGCAGUGCCUGCAGCUUUUUGUUGAGCAGUGGCAGGUGCUGGUGAAGCAGCAGGAGACCAACAAGGCCGCGCGGGAGAAGAAGAGCCAACGCAUAGAUCGCUCCUCCGCGUCGUCGAACCGUUCGCGCAAGAACUCCUGUUCUGUUCCCCCGACGCUUCAGGUGUUGCAGACAAAACACCGCGUGGUAACUUCCGUGGGGGUGGAUGAGGAUUUGUGGAGGCUGAUGGGCGAAGAGCAUCUCGCGCCGAGCUUCCCGAAUGGUGCUGGCUCCAAUAUGGAGACAUAUAGGCUAGCGCAGCAGCGUGGUGAGGUGCAGCUCGUGCCGACGAAACCGUAUUACAAGGAACCGCCACCAUCUAAUCUUCGUUUGGAUUCCUUUUAUCUCCGUGUGGUCUACGAGGCCGGUAAGACGGGCUUUGAGGAGGAGAAGGACCUGGCCAUCGUUGUCGACUCCGUGGUUGCGGGGCGUUACCAGAUGCUGCAGUACCUAGACUCUGCUGCAUUUUCCCGCACGGUACGAUGCAUGGAUCUGAAGGAGGAUAGGGAAGUGUGCCUCAAGGUGGUACGCAACUCAAAGGAUUUCUUCGACCAGAGCAUUGACGAAAUCAAGUUACUGAAGCUGAUCAACUCUGCCGGCAAUACAGAAGGGAACUGUGUGGUUCAGCUAUUGGACUAUUUUUAUUACAAAGAGCACAUGUUCAUAGUAACCGAGUUGCUCCGUGAUAACUUGUACCAGUUCAGCAAGUUUAAUCGGGACGAGGAAACGGAGUUUUACUUUACGCUAGCCCGUCUGCAGUCUAUAGCGAGGCAGAUUCUUACAGGACUACGGUUUCUACACGAUCUUGGGCUGAUACAUUGUGAUCUCAAACCAGAGAAUAUUCUCAUCAAGUCCUUCAGCCGAUGCGAGGUGAAGAUCAUCGACCUUGGAAGUAGUUGUUAUCUGACAGAUAACCUCAGCUCGUACGUUCAGUCGCGGUGCUACCGUGCCCCUGAGGUAGUCCUUGGCUGCAAGUACGAUGGUCGCGUCGACAUUUGGUCUUUGGGUGCUGUUCUCGCGGAAUUAGCUACAGGCAACAUUUUGUUCGAGAAUAACUCUUUGCCACAAAUGCUAGCGUCAAUCUGUGCUGUGUGUGGUGAGUUGCCGGCUUCCAUUUUGCAUGAGGGACGAAAUACACAACACUUUGUCACAAAGUAUGGCGCUUUUUACGAAAACAAAGAUGGGAAAGAGCUGGUGUUCCACUUCCCCGUUCCUGGCAUGCUGCCCGAGACACUUUUUGGCUACGAUGAUCCCCUUUACAUCGAUUUUAUACGCGCGUGCCUUACUUUAGACCACCGUUGUCGUCCCACUGCGGUCGAGUUACUGCAGCAUCCCUUCCUCCAGAAAGACUACGGUAGCGCGCACAGCAUCCCCCCUCCCCUAAAGAAGAAGAAGGAGCUUAACCAGGAGAGUGCUCCAGCGAUUAUUGCUUUUGCAGAAGUAGAGCCACCGUCAUCGCUGCCUACAGUGUAG